UAUUUUCAUAAUUAAUGCCAGUCGCAACAUGGCUCUCCGACGGAUAGGACGUCUGUCUGUGUUUUCCUUAUUAUUGUUAUUUGGUUUUAUAAAUGCGUAUGAAAUACCUACAGUGAAUAUACAGGCUUUUACACCGAAAGGAUUUCGAGCUUCGAUACCUGAUGCCCCGAACGUAGGCCUCUUCGUGUUCCAAGGCAAUGUGAACCGCCAGAUAGGAAAGAAGGACGUCGGCGCACUAUCCGGGGAAGUCCUGGAGGCGACCGACGGCCGCUGGGUGUUCAGCGACCCUAAUAUUCAGCUUAAAGUCGGUGACGUCAUUAAUUAUUACGUGUUCGUUUCUGUGAACAGCGCUGGCUAUUUGAAGGACAAACUUACGUUUACUAUAUCUGAAUUAGAAGACCGAGGCGCACCAAUCCAGCCAGCGGUUCAGGAAUGCCGACCAUCCAAGACUAUCAUCCAGGGACGCACCGCCUGCUCUGGACAGACCAUAUUUGAAGACGACUUCCUCACUUUAAGAGAAGAUUUGUGGCAAGUCGAACACUAUGUGCCUUUAGAGCAUCCGGAGUUUCCAUACGUGUCUUACCAGAAACAAACGGUGUCUGUAGAAAACGGCCACCUUCGCAUCGCCCCGGUCCUACAACAGAACCUGCCUGGGUUCAAUAAUGAAUCCAUUUACUCCGGAGAAUUAAACCUGUUUGAGGGCUGCACAGCAACAGCAAAUGAAUGCGCCGUGCGUGCGUCAGGAGCGAGCAUCCUGCCGCCCAUAGCCAGCGGCAGGAUCACCAGCAAAGGCCUGGUCUUCACAUACGGCACGGUGCAUGUCCGCGCCAAACUGCCUCAGGGAGACUGGCUGUAUCCUGAGAUAUUAUUAGAGCCAAUCCGCAAGAAGUACGGCAAUUUGUUCGCGUCAGGAGUGCUGAAGAUCGCGUCAGCUCGAGGCAACAGGGAAUUGACUGUGGGCGUCAAUGACUUUGGAAAUAAGGUUCUGUAUGGCGGUCCGAUCAUGAGUUACUCCUGUCGACAGUACUUGAUACAAUCGAACAGACUCUCCAACGGCAAGAUGUGGGGAGAUGACUUCCACGUCUACACUCUGAACUGGACUCCAGAUCGCAUAGUCCUACUGGUAGACAACGAAGAAUGGGCCCGUAUCGAGCCUUUAGGCAACGGACUCCAGGGCCGGUUCCCGCCUAACUGCAGAGACGUGCCGAGGUCCUUCCUCGCUAUGGGAUCUAAGAUGGCGCCUUUUGACGAUAAUUUCUACAUAACCCUCGGGGUCGCAGCAGGUGGGAUCACGGAGUUCCGGGAUGACUAUUACACCCAGGGUUACCGCCCCAAGCCGUGGAAGAACCAGGGUCGGAAGGCCAGCCUCUACUUCUGGAAGGAUAUGGAGAACUGGUUAUCUACAUGGGAGACUCCAGAGUUGCUGGUUGACUACAUAAAAGUAGUUGCCAUAUGAAUAAAUAAUAUUAAGCUAGUCCUUAUUU